CGAUAAUAACGAUCAAUUUAUCCUCUUUCUUAUCGUGACGUCGGCCGACCAAUCACGAGCAUCGCGUCGCCAAUUGGUUGACGGCUGAUGAUCGCUCAUACGUGAUAAACUAGCCUUCGUGGCUUUCCUUUCCCGUCCGAGCUGUCAAGCACCGUCGAGUGGGAAAACGCUCCGAUUUUCGUUCCGAUUGUUAGCGUAUCGCACUACGAAUGCAAUCGCGCGUGGAACGACGCGCGCGUGCACUAUGUGAUUCCGCGGACGAGCAACGGUGUAGUACGCACGCACGGCGACCUGGAGCCCUACACUCCGCGGUUGUAAACAUUAACGUGUAAUCCACACGCGCGCGCGUCGUGGCGUACCAGCGGGUCUUCCGUUAUGAAUGCUUAGUAAGUAUCUCCUUCGUUCUUUUCUCGACCACGUCCGAAUCCCGCCGUCGUCGUAGCUCGAGCUGUCGUCGGUCUCGCCGACGAGGCGGGACGAGAACUCGAGAAGAGGACACGGCGACCACGCCGUUAUCAGUCUAAGUUCAUAUCCAACUAUACUGAAUCAAUAUGGUAGUUUGCAUCUCUUCGUGUUAUUAAUAGAUAUCGCGCAAAAUUGAUUAUUUAACUUCUCCGUAAGCUUUUAACAGAGGUGCGUCGGGCAUAUCAGGGAAUGCCUUUGAUUGCUGGGUUCAAAAGUCUAUGCAUGACGACUCUGCCAUCAUAAAAAUGCAAUACCAGUUCUGGGUGAGAAAGCAGGCUUUGUCCCAAAAAUUAGGGAAGAAGGAGGAUGAGUGUAUAGUUGCUUCGGAUGCUGAGUUGGACGCAAAGCUAGAAUUGUUCCGCAGUAUCCAAGAUUCCUGUUCCUACUUACAAAGAGUUAUUGAUAGAUACCAAGAAAGAUUAUGCAAUUUAGCCCAGGAAGAAAAUGGAAUGGGACGUUUCUUGAAAGAUGCCGGAAAGCAAGACAAAACUCGCGCCGGCAAGAUGAUGUCAGCAGUUGGCAAAUCCUUGUCUUACUCUGGUCAGCAGAGGCUUGCUUUGAGAACUCCUUUGGGUCGAUUGUAUCAAGAAGUGGAAACAUUUAGGCAAAGAGCUAUUGAAGAUACAUUGCAAAAUGUGCAAGCGAUGGAAAAGGCCCGUACGGAGUACCGAGCUGCUCUGUCAUGGAUGAAAAAUAUUUCUCCCGAUUUAGAUCCAGAUACGUCCAAACAACUGGAAAAAUAUAAAAAAGUUCAAGCACGUGUUAAGCAGGGCAAAAUAGUUUUUGACAAUCUAGCCCUUGACUGUCUUCAGAAGGUUGAUUUGUUAGCGGCGGCAAGAUGUAACAUGUUCAGUCAUGCCUUAGUUUUAUACCAAACUACACUCCUGAAUUUCACAAAGAAAUCUGCACAAGCAUAUUCCACAAUAGCCAACAGCUUCAAAGGCUAUCAACGUUAUGACUUCACAGUUGUGCGAGAACUGGCUGAAACCUCCAGUAAAUUGGCGCAGGAAACUGGUGGUGAUGACGAUUUAGAGGAGAAGGAUAAAUUACCAUUUUUCGACAUGGACUAUCACGAUGACGUUGAGGAGGCUCAAGAGGCUACCGCAAAUUCAGAAAGCACGUCGGAGAAAAAUAAAAAAGACGAAAAGCUCUUGGACAUAGAAAAUGAGUCAAAGGAUACGCUGAUACAUUUGGAUACGAGUACAAAUUCUUCGAAAAACGGAAUCGUGCAUAGUACCAACGAUACAGACAAAAGUCUCGAAGAGUUCUUUGGAAAUCUUAUCCUGGAAAAAGAUGCGUCCAAUAGUACUAAACAAUCGGUUAAUAAAACCGAGAAAACCAACACUGUAUUAAGGAAAAGCUCCGAGGAACAGAAAUCAGUAAUGGACUUAUUUGAAAAGUGCAAUACAGAUUUUAAUUUGACUGAUUUGUCUCCCUUGUCGUCGGAGGCUCGACAACAGCAAUCGUUGAAUUUAUUGGCCUCCGAAAGCGCAGCGCUUUUCGACGAAAUCCUGAAUGACAAACAAUGCACGAACAGUGACUGGGAAGGCAUAUCACAUGAUACUUUCCUACCGCCAAGCAUUUUGAAACAGAGUCUAGGAGAUGCGGCACUAGGUAUGGGACAGAAGAAUACCAUUAGUAACACGGACGAUAAAAAAAAGAAUAAGACUGGAAAGCAGAAAGGUAACUCGUGGUUGGAUUUAUUCGCAGAAUUGGAUCCAUUGGCUAACAAUCCAAUGGAGAAUCUUUCCGGUGAUAGCAAUGCUUCUGCUUAAUUCACAAUGUAUUUUAAUAAUCUCGCCCUGUUACUUGAUAUUUGUAACAAUAAGGAAAACUGAUCAAACUCUAUCAAUUGUUAUCAAUGUGUGAUACGGUGAACGUAUAGCUCACGAUAUUUUCACUUCAUAUGUUUGUAUCAGUAAUUACCACUUUCUAAACUUUUAAAUUUAACACUCCAAAUUUAUUUUUAAUGAAAUCGUCAUAUAAGAAUCAAAACCAUUGAAUUACAUAAUUUUUCAUAUAAGCU